CCGAAGAUCUGGGGUGUCGACGGCAAUGAUUGAAGUGGAGAGGGUGCAUAGCAGAAGCUCGCACCAGUCGCAACGCAAAUGGCCAUGUCCCCAAAACGAGCCAUGAGCGGCAUAUACUCUCGGUACAAGCGCAUGUCUGCUGGCUACGAUCUACCUCUUCCCAGCCCGGCAGAUCCGCGUGCUCACCAGUUGCUUGGCUCGGCCUGGUUUUCCCGCCGAUACGCUAAACGAUACGCCGCUGUGUUUGCUUUACUCUUGCUCUGCACCUUUCUCAGAUUCUGGGUACCACGCGAAGUUGAAAGAGAACCUCUACGAGGCUUGGUCCUCGAUGAUGCUCUGCCACCGUUAUAUGAAGAAUAUCAUGAAGAGGAGCUACAGCUACCGCAGCACGAUCCUGAAUUACCAUUCCCCGAAGGUCGCGAAGGCAGGUAUGUAAACAUUGCGAAUCACAUCUACGGACUUGGAUGGGGAAAUGCCUUGCAGGAAGUCCUGUUGGAUUCAUACCUUGCAUACAGGGCAGGGAGAGCAUAUGUAUUUGAUAACUAUACCUGGAGUCGAGACAUGGACCCACCGCCAUAUUCCGAAUACAACGGGAAGCUCAUUCCGUCACGAGUACCUCUACGAGCAAUGAUUACCGGACCAACGGCCGGUGGUCCGUAUCCAGAUGGCGACCGUGCACCCCGAUCCGUCGGCGUCGAUUAUUUCAGGGAAGUUUGCAAGCAUCCACAGAUCAUCUCUUCGGAAGAGAUCAAUGCUGACCUUGGCCGUGAACCUACGGCGAAGAUGGUGCUAAACAAAUGGGUUGAAACGUUGAAUGCAAUAGAGAACCGAUGCGUGGAGGUUGAUCGCUUCUCGGAACAGGUAUUCGGAUACUGGACAUUUGGUAGCGCACAACGGCUACUGGACAUCUGGCCAGAAUACUCCAAAUCCCCCAUUAUUCAAAACUUCCGAUGGUCCCCUCUCGUGCAAGAUGCCUUCGAUGUCAAUUACCGUCUCUUCACUUCGCCAUCCACUUUAGGAUCAUUCUUCUCGCCUUUCCGGGCGUCUAAAGUGAAGACCGAUCCAUACACACCCAUCCAAGGAUUGCUAGUUCUACACGUUCGGCGAGGUGACUACGAAGAUCACUGUAACCACCUAGCCAACUGGUCGGCUCGAUACAGCGGAUUCAAUGAUUUCCCCGAGUUCGUGGACAAGUUCACUCCUCCACCAGGUGGUGGAGCCGGAAACACGACAGCUGAAAAUAGGGCGAUAUACAUACGGCAUUGUUUCCCAUCAAUAGAGCAAAUCGUUAAACGGAUAGAAGAGAUUCGGAAGUCGAAGGCGGGCAAAGGUCUGAAGAACGUUUAUGUGAUGACGAAUGGCGCAAGACCUUGGGUGGCUGAUCUGAAGGAAGCGUUGAAGAAGACGGGUCAUUGGAGUAAAGUCGCGACGAGCCGAGAUCUCCAGUUGACUCCAGAACAGAAGUAUAUAUCUCAAGCGAUUGACAUGCUUAUUGGUCAUAGGGCCCAAGUCAUUAUUGGCAAUGGCUUCUCGAGUAUGACGUCGAACAUCGUCAUGCUCCGGAUGGCGAGGCAGGAUCUCAACCCGGAUAGUAACCGGUUUUGGUGACGAGGGAGAGAACGUCAUUGAAUUCGACACAUGCAUACCCCUAUGCCAUCUACCACAUACCCCUCCUUUUUGUAUUACGCGUUGCAUCCUCAUAUGGUGGCUGGGACACAACCAUCGACUGAGGUCGAUGUAGCCUUUUUGAAAGUAAAAGUAUGGAAGAUUUGAACGCGUUACUGAACACUCUUCUUGAUAUUGAUAAAUAGAUGUUCUCUGCUUUUUAGUUGCUUUCGAUACUUAGUUAUUAAUAAACAGUUAGUAGUUUCAUUCACCGCAUAGCACAGUCCUUUUUCUUUCUUUCGUAAUACAGGCAUUAUUUGCGCUUUCGACUCGCAAGUCCUUGGUUUGAUUAUCUUACAGGGCGUGAACAAAAGGCAAAACAAGAUAAGAUGAGAGAAAAAUGCUUGUGAAUUAGAAUGAAAAUGCUAACGAUAGAAAGCAAAUACAUCAUGAUUGCGUGU